AUGGUAACCUUGAGCAGUUCUGAUGGAGUACCUUUUGAUGUUGAAGAAGCUGUUGCUCUUCAAUCUCAAACCAUUAAGCAUAUGAUUGAAGACGGUUGUGCUGAUAACGGGAUUCCAUUAAAAAAUGUAACAAGCAAUAUUUUGGCUAAAGUUCUUGAAUAUUGCAAGAAACAUGUUGGUGAUAUUCCAAAAGGGGAUGAUGGUAAAGUUGAGGAUCCAGAGCUUCAGAAAUGGGAUGCCGAGUUUGUUGAAGUCGAUCAAGAUACAUUGCUUGAUCUUAUUGUGGCCGCGAAUUAUUUGAAUAUCAAGCACUUGUUGAAUUUGACUCGCCAGACAGUUGCAGACAGGAAAAACCAUGUUUUCCCAGCAUGCACUUCAAUUGAGGAGUUAAUGAAGCAAUGUGAACAAAUUCUGAAACGUUUGAUGGAACAUCCAUAUGGAUUUGUAUUCAAUACUCCAGUGGACAUUGUGAAGUUGAACAUUCCAGAUUAUUUUAAGCGUAUCAAGCAUCCAAUGGAUUUGGGGACGGUUAAGAGUAAGAUUGCUAACGGUGAGUAUUCAUGCCCGUUCAAAUUUCGUGAUGAUGUGAGGCUUACAUUCUCUAACGCUAUGACGUAUAACCCACCUGGGCAUCAUGUCCACACCAUGGCUGGUACACUUGUAACUUAUUUUGAAGCGAGGUGGAAAGCAAUCGAGUACGAAUUUCUACCAGUACCUGUGGAAACGGAUGAUGAUAGAGACACCGAAGCUGAUGAAUCUAUUCCACCAUCAAAAAAGAUGAAAAUCUCAUCUGCAGGUCAUGAGAGGAAAAUGACUGUCGCGGAACAAUUUAAAUUGAUUAGGGAUUUGCAAUCAAUUAGAGAAUUCCCGUCGUAUCUGAUUGAAUUCCUAGCAAAACAAAGUACUAGGCACACUGCUGAUGGUGAGCUCGAGGUUGAUCUUGAAAUGCUGACUGAUGAUACAUUAUUCACAUUAAGGAAGCUUGUCGAUGACUAUAUGAAGGAGAAUCAAACAAAAGCUAAUUAA